UCACUUCCUUCAAAUAUGCAGAAAUAAAUGUCGACUUGACGCUUUUUGACCCGCAGCUUUUUGUCCCGCCGUGGCAGGUUUGGGAUUUGCAUCUGAACGACCCCGAGUGCCGAGGGGAGGAGGUGGGAGACCACUACGUCUUCAGCAUAAAGACCAAUCUGUCCCACUGCGGCUCCGUCAUGAGCUCGGACGACACACACAUGAUGUUCAUCAACACAAUCCACAACAACCAGACGGAGAUGAUCACCAGGAACUACAUCAACAUCACCUUUGUGUGCCGCUACCCCGUCCACUACAUGGUCCAGCAGCCCAACAUGAUCCAGGUGGACGUGCGGACCAUCACUCUCAACACGGAGGACGGCAACUUCUCCGUGUCCAUGCUGCUGUUCAAAGACGAGGCCUUCCAGGACCAAUGGAUCACGGUGCCCUGGCUUACCCUCCACGACGACAUCUUUGUCAAAGUGUUCAUGAUUCCAGCUCACCUGACGCUGCGCAUGGAGAGAUGCUGGGCCACGCCCACCAGUGACCCCUACAGCAACAUUCAGUACACCUUCAUCAGAGACAGCUGCCCGCUGCUGACUGACCAGCAGACCCUGAGCGUGCUGAACAACGGCCAAGGUCCAGAGGCCACCUUCAGGAUCCAAAUGUUCAAGUUUGUGGGCAGCUCCUACACUGACGUCUUUCUGCACUGCAACGUCCAGAUCUGCCACAACGGCGCCAGCCCCUGCCAACCUAACUGCACAGCUGAAGAUGUCUUCAUGAGGACCAGGCGGGACAUCCCUGUCUCUCACACCGUGUCUUACGGGCCAAUCAGGCGGCACCCUGGACACACUGACACGCCCCUUUCAAACGCAGGCCGGGUCCCUGCGCUGGAGACUUUAGUCCUGGGGGGUCUGCUGGUGGUCCUGCUGGUGGUGACGGGGGUGCUCGGCAGGCUGUGGGUCCGCUCCAGAAGGUUCUACCCGGCCAGGGAGGCCCAGCUCACCUUGUCCAACAUCCAGCACAUCUCAGAGGUGGCCUCCUGAGACUCAGCCGGCAAAGACUUGUGACAAUCUUGCCCUCCGAGAACUUUCUAGACAAUUUCCAGAGCCCGAUGAGAUAUUACAAGGGGGAGACGAAAAGAGCGAUAUAAAAGUUGGCUUUCUUUCUGCAGUGGAAGCUAAAUAUGAUACAAACUUGGAGAGUUUUUGAUGUUAUAAAUAUGACUUUUAUAUCAUACUUUCCAAUCUUUAUCCCAAUGAUAUUUUAAUCUCAUAAUUUGGAUUUUUUUUUUAAUAAUUUUGUUUUUUUACCUCACAAUGAUGAAUUUCUAACCCAUUAUUACGAGUAAUUAUCUCAUAAUUAUAACUUUUUAUCCCAUAAUUACAAAUUUGAGAUAAAAGAUGAUGAUGGUGAGAUUAAAAGACAAA